GAGGGCCCCAUUCCAGGGUGAAGCUGAGGCGGCGGAGGUUAGGAUAGCGCCUCGGUCCGUGAGUGCGAGCGACCCUCGGCGGCAGUUUGGACGCUCUCUCCAUCUCUCUGCAGUGAAUGGCGGCGGGAUGGAGCACGAGGGGAGCGGCGGCAGCGGGGGGUCGGCCGGGCUCCUACAGCAAAUCCUCAGCCUGAAGCUUGUACCACGGGUGGGCAACGGGACCCUGUGCCCCAACUCCACUUCUCUCUGCUCCUUCCCAGAGAUGUGGUAUGGUGUGUUCCUGUGGGCACUGGUGUCCUCUCUCUUCUUCCAUGUCCCUGCGGGAUUACUGGCCCUCUUCACCCUCAGACAUCACAAAUAUGGUAGGUUCAUGUCUGUAAGCAUCCUGUUGAUGGGCAUCGUGGGACCAAUUACUGCUGGAAUCUUGACAAGUGCUGCAAUUGCUGGAGUAUACCGAGCAGCAGGAAAGGAAAUGAUACCAUUUGAAGCCCUCACCUUGGGCACUGGGCAGACGUUUUGUGUAGUGGUGGUCUCCUUCUUACGGAUUUUAGCUACUCUGUAGCAUAUACCCUUAGGCCAUGAUGUCAAACCUAAGUUUGAGAGCCUCCUCACAGCAAGAAUACAUUAUGGAAUGUAGUGUUUUCUUAAUUCUUCAAAUGGAGGAAACUUGGAUUAAGAAGUAUGUGAAAAAUGAAACAUCUCAGCCCUUUCUUCAGUUGGAAGUUCCAGGAAUUGAAGAUCUUUCUGGACUCCCUAUUGUUCUCAACCAAAACAAAUUAAGUUUCUUAGGGCCUUUGUUUUUUUUUUUAAAUUAAUUGAAGCCAUUUUACAGGUGCACCUUUACCCACCUAGGUCAUCAGUGCUUCUGGGCUGAUCCUUCACACUGAAAUGUACAAUAUUCUGUGAGAAAAUGCAGUGAUGCCUAUGUUAGAGAAACUAUGAAAAAUAGUUUCUCUUUCUGAGCAUACUAUACUAAAAUCUUAUCUAAUCUAACUUGAUUAAAAUCUGGCAGACUCUUCUUUUACUGCAUCUUCAUGACAAUAAGUGCCAAGUAAGUUUUGGUUGAGUAGAGCUUUGAGAACAAAUCUGUUGACAUGUAACAGGAAAAAAACAUCCUGCAGUAGUAGUAGUGGCUUCUGUUCCACUGCUGAAAGAAAAAGAAGAUGAUGUAAUAUUUUCUGGAUAACUAUCUUGGACCUCUGAUGACUUAAUAAUAUUUUAAGAGAUGUGCAUUUGUUGUUUUGUACAUUUUAUCAAAAUAAGCUAACUAAUCGAGACAUUUUCCCCCCAGAGUUCCUGUAUCCCUUUUCCCAUCACUUUCAUUCUGUUGAUUUUGUUUAAUUUAAUUGGAAACAUACGCUAUUAAAUAGUUUGAGUUCAAAACUUUAAGCCAGAUAGGUUAGGAUGCUCUCUGGACAUUGAGGUACCAAAAAUUUUUAAAAAAUAUUCUGUUAAAGUUUUUCUUGGUGACUUUGGUUGAAAUUGUAGAAAUGCAGCUUAGAGGUGGUGCUUAUUCAUUUUUUUAGUCUUAGUGUGGUCACCACUCUUAACAGUAUUGGGUGUCACUCCCAGAAAGUGCCUAAAGUUUAAUUUCCACUUUAUGUUUCCCUUCAAGAGAAUAUAUAUCUUUCUAGAGAAUUAAACAUGGAGUUUUUUAAACCCAUUUUUAGCUCUCUUAAUUUUUCUCCUACUGCCUCACUUUCUUUUUCAUUAAAAGGCCUGAAAACUGUGACCUUCAAAAGAGAAAGGAUUGCAAAAUUUAAGUGUCUCGCUUGAUCCUUACCAUCUCAACUGUGUUGAAUGGAAUAUAGUCACUGAUCUCUGUGUUCAGAAUAGUUUCUGAUCAUUAAAUCUGACGUUUUUAAAGGAAAGUUUUCAUUGUGACAGUAAGGCUAACAGCCUGUGAGGUUAUGUACACAUAAACAUAUCAAUUCCAUUUAAAGCAAUAUGCCCUCUGGCUUCUGAUUAAAAAUUGCCAGAGGGACCAACUUAAGGGGGACCGGCAAAGAGGAAGAAUUACAAAGAGAUCACAGAAAUCAAUUGGCCAUUUUCUUUUAACUAAGAGGCCGUUAGACCACUGAUCAAAAUUACAGUGACAUAUGCUCAGAUUAGGUAGAAAAUUAAAAGUAGACUUGGAAUGCCAGCAGAUGUUUUUACCAAUUCCCCAACAAGUUUUUCUCCAAUGUGGAAAUCCUUCUUUCAAGCAAAUGUUAAGUCUUUUAUUACGAUUUUUUAAAAAAAGAUUUUAUUUAUAUAUUUGAGAGAGUGAGAGAGAGACAACACGAGCAGGGGGAG